GUUGGAAAAUCUACUUUACCCUUUGCCAUGUUUUGUUCGUUUCUUUCUUUAAGUCAUAAGGGACAAAUACAUAGGUUUUUGAGGGUUUGAAAAUUAGGUCGAUUUUAGGUAAAAGAAGGCCAACAUACCAAAACUGUGAAUUACAAUGUGAUGUAAAUGCAGGCCCUUAUAAUUCGCCCACAUCGAGGAUGCUGCUAACCAACUAGAGAUCCCUAACUUUUGCAUUUACUUAGCUAAAUCACCAUCAUCAGCUUUCUAUCUCAGUGCCCAUUUGAGGGUACAGAUACCCUUUUCCAACAGCAUGUUUUGAGUAUUUCUGUCUAAUAUACCUCUUUGUUUUAUUCUUUUUUCUUCAAUGUUUGUCGUUCUUGUACUCUAUAUGUAAUCUUUAUAUGGAGUAUAAUUCCAUAUUAUUAGCACGAGUCUGAGGAAAUACGGGGUCUUGACCAAAAAGAAACCAACUUUGAAGGGUGAUCUUAAUUUAUAACAGGUUAUUUUGAUGGUCUAAUAUGCUUUCUGUUUUGGUAUGAAUGUUGACUGCAGGUUCUGACUCUUCGACUACAAUUAUUUGAAUUUGGUUUGCGAUUGAAAAAAUGUUGAAGACAAUUGAUGGUUUAGCAAGAAGGUUUGUGGGGAGUUCAUUCCUCUACAUGCGCAGAUUUUUGUUCCGCAUUUUAUCAGUAGGUCCAACUCCAAACCACAUCGCCUUUAUUCUGGAUGGGAAUCGGAGGUAUGCCAAGCAACGGAAUAUGACUGCGGGCACUGGAUACAGAGCUGGAUUUUUGACUGUUAUGUCCAUGCUCAAGUAUUGCUAUGAAUUGGGUGUCAAAUACAUGACAGUAUAUGCAUUCAGCAUUGAUAAUUUCAAAAGAAGGCCGGAGGAAGUUAAGUACUUGAUGGACUUAAUGCUGGAGAAAAUCGAAGGACUACUCAAGCAAGAAAGCGUUGUCAACGAAUAUGGAGUGAGGAUACAUUUCGUAGGAAACCUGAAGCUUCUUGACGAGCCGGUUAGAGCUGCGGCUGAGAAGGCUAUGCAAGCCACUGCCAACAACACCAAGAGCAUUCUCCUUAUCUGUGUGGCAUACACUUCUACUGAUGAGAUCCUGCAUGCCGUUCAAGGAUCCUGCCAAGAGAAAUGGAACGAAAUCCAAGAACUUAACGCGAACCAAUCUCAAAAUGCAGAAAUAACUGAAGAAAAAUUGGAGCUAGAUCAUGUCAUAAAGCUGGUAGAUAUAGAGAGGCAUACAUACAUGGGAUUGGCACCUGAUCCUGAUAUUCUGAUCCGAACUUCGGGUGCAACUCGCCUUAGCAAUUUCCUUCUUUGGCAGACUACAAACUGUUUACUGUAUUCACCAAAGGUGUUGUUUCCUGAGAUUGGUUUACGACACUUGGUAUGGGCAGUGUUGAACUUCCAGCGACUGUAUCAUCAUUUGGAGAAGGAAAAGAAGCAGUUGUAAAAUCAUUGCUAUUGUUCCUUUAUGAGUCUUUUACAUGUACUUUGCCCUUUUUUCUUCAGAUCACCAGUUGCAAUUAUUCAUCAUUGCUAAUGUCCACAAUUAUUCCAAAGGGAUAUCUCAAAGUUUAUUGAAUCUGAUAUUAAGGAUGAUCAGUGAUCAUUUCAAAA